UGUGUGUGUGUGAGGGUACACAGUGUUCGCCUGCCUGUGCUGCUUUUGAUGUAAAACAACUGCGCAAGAGACGGAGAGAGAGAGAGAGAGAGAGGUAGCGGUAUUAGUAAAAGUGCUAGAGGUAGGGGGGGUACAGCAGCUGACAAGGGGGAACGCGAGUGCCGCCAGCCGCUGCACAGUGCGCCUCUGCCCGUGUCCAUCACUGCGAGGAGCCGCGACAUCCCUACGGUUCUCCGGUUCUCACCUCGCUGAGCUCACUCCUCCUCCUCCUUCUGUUGUGGUUUUUAUCUAUCUGCCUCCUCCUUCUUCUUAGCUAGUUAUCCACCUUCUGCUUCUCCUCCAGUGGGUCAAGGAUAUAAUGAAGGAAGACUACACUGCACACCUUCACUCUUAAUAUUUGGAACUAUCAUCAGAUGCACUGUUAAUAGCAGAUUAUUUGCCUUACGCUGCUCGUCUGUCUCUGUGUGAAAAGUCCAAAUGGAGAAGAAAAGGAAGAAUGAUCUGCCUACGCCCACAGCAGAGAGCGGAGGAGAGCCGGAGAGGAAAAAGACGAGAAGAGCCAAAGCAGAAGAAGCAGAUGCCUCCGCUAAAGAAGCUAACGGCAGCGAGAAGCAGCUGCAGGGUUUCACAGGCCGAGAGGGCGACAAUUCAGAAGCUAAUGUGAAACUUAAGAUGGGACUGGGGACUAAACGAACCAAGAAACCUCCAAAAAGCCUGGAGAACUUCAUCUGCCGGCCCACAAUUCGAGUGUCUCAAAAGCCUGGACCUGCAGUAGGGGACGGUAUGAGGGCCAAAACCAAAGGGUCGAAUCAGUUACGACAUCCGGCCCAGAAUAAAUCCAGCAGCGACUCCCUGGCAACAAAGCCCAGUUUAUCCACCACGAGUACGACGGAAAAUCCAUCAACACAGUCUCCCUCAUCUCUCACACCUUCCGAAAAGAUCUCGCCACCUUCAGACUCCUCAAAUACUAAAGCAGCUAAAAAGGUUCUCUCAAGACAAAACAAGAAAGCCAACUCGAAGCCAGAAUCAACUCCAGUGGAAUCUCCCAAUGUAACUCAACCACAGGCAUUAAUGUCAGUUUCUCACAGGAAAACUCCCAAAAAGCAAACAUCCCCCCAAAUAUCUGCUCCCUCUUCUCCCCCCCAGUUACAACAAGAACCCAGUACACAGGAACACAGCACAGAAGCUGAGAACACCCUACAACAUGCUGCAAGCUGUGAAAGCCCGAGUGAAACCAGGGAGAGAUCGCAUAAAGGAAAGUCAGCGCCACCCAAACGCACAUCUUGUCUUCCAAAGAAUGAUUCGAAACCCUCUGUAAAUAAUACAGAAAUGUCUUCAAGUGUGAAUUUGAAAUUGAAAAGAAAGGAGAGGAAAUCAAAGUCAAGAAGUUCCAACAAGAGUGAUUCCAGAACUACUGGAAGCAAUAUGUUGGAAAAUGACUUCCUGGAGAAGCCAAGUCCUUGUGUCAGUGAUCAGCCAGAAAACCUCCCUUCAGCCCAAGUAACUGAUUUCCCAUCCCUGAGUAAGUGCACUGAUAACACAGCAGAGAAUAGUAGUAGAGUAAGUGAGGGACAAAAUGAACAGGAAGGUCUGGGCAAAUCUCUGAAAAUGACUAUGAAAUCAUCACAAGCAGUUCCUGUUCUUGAGCAACAGAAACGUGGCAGGACAGAACCUGGUUUACCUGAGGAUGAGCAUGGAGAAAGACUCAAGCACUGUCCAGAUCAAGAGCAAAUUGAAGCACACUCCUUGUCUGAUACUGAAAUAAGUGCUGCUCAGGGUUCAAUAGUAAACCCAAAAAUAUCUCCUACUUCAGCAAACCCCUCAAUCAGUGGCUCUUCGUCAAACAAAAAGAAGUCCAAAAAAACCUUAAAGAAAGAGAAGCGCAAACACCUUCACUGCAGUAAAAUUGCGAAGAUGACUAUUGAGAAUUUUCAAAAACCUGCUGCCUGCACAUCAGUACUGCAGGGUAGCUCACCACAGAAGGAUUAUCUUAAGGCACCACCCUCACCCUCACAGCAGAGGAUAUCUCCCAAAUUAAAACAGUCUAUGACUGUAACCGUCACCUCAGAAAUGUCCUCUGCUAACAAGCCCCAAGCUAGAAAGAGGGGUCGCCCCAAAGUCAACAAGUUAGAAAGACUUCUUUUGCCAGAAUCAUCUGCUAAUUCCGCAAAUAUUCCAACACAAGAUCCAGAUCAAGAACCUGACAGGAAACACCAAAGGUCUACCACAGCUGGAAAAAGAGGACGACCCAAAAGAUCCUUUUCUGUCCAGCCCCAGUCAACUCAGCCAGCAGUAACUUCUAAACAGUCUCUAAAAGAUACAGGCGAUCAUCAAAUGACUUCUAAAGAAAAAGUCAAAGACACCCAACAGAAGUGCAGCAGAAGCAGUAAGGUAAUGAUGAAGACAAUCAUUCGAAAGAUCAAUAAGAUGAAAGUGAAAAGGAAAGAUCAGGUCCUUACACAAAUCCUGCUUGGGCAGAAGCAGUGCGACAAUGCAGAAUUGCCUCAGGAAGACAGCGGAGCAGAAUUGUGCAGCCGAGUUUCUCCGGACAAACAAUCCUUAUCCUCCCUCGUAACAUCUUUCGGGGGGAAACUUGGUCCUCAAAUUAACGUCAGCAAACGAGGAACUAUUUAUAUGGGGAAGAGAAGAGGCCGCAAACCAAAAUGUGAAAGGAAUUCUUCCAGUCUAGACCCCAAGCAGAUUCUUCCCUCCCCUCUUCAUUCUCAACAACAGUUUAACUCAAAUACUAUGCGCCAGUCGUCAGACUCCCAAACUGGGACUAGCAGCCUCAAAAACGAUUCUUCUUCAGCUACACCUGGUAGGAUUUCCCAUAUUAAUCCUAACAACCAGAAAGUCAAGGCAGCUUCCUUUAUACCACUCAGUGAAUUCCAAAAUCCCAAGACUCACUGUAAAACAACCUUCGCUUCCAACAGUGGUGGGGGAGUUAAUGAUACUAACACAUUGGACAGAAAUGCCAGACAUUCGAAUAGUGGGUUAUCUGCAAGUACUGGACUUCCUUCAACUUUGGCUGCAGGUUCUCACAUGUUGUUCACAGUGUCUGGAGUACAAGGUAGUGGUUCGCUUAAGGCAAAGUCAAAGUCUCUUUCUCAUUUUCCUUCAGAGAAAAAUCAGCACCUCUCUUCCACUCGUUUGCCUUUAGGCUCUGGUCGGAUGCAAGAUUCCAAUGGAGUGCAAAUCGCCAAUCCCACGCUUGGGUUCCCAAACCAAGAGGCGCAUACGUUCAAGUGCCAUAGAAGGGGUCACCACUGCUUAGUUCGAGACAAGCUUAGGAGGCAUACAUAUAAGUGCAAGAAGUAUAUGCAACUCAGGGCCAAAAGGCAAGACCCAGACUUUCUUGCUGAGGUGGAGGACUUAGUUGUCAGGCUUAGCAAGAUUCAAAUCGUUCACCACAUUUCAGCCCGAGCGAGGCUGGAAGAGGAUGGCAGUGUGUCUGGAAGAAAGAGUGCAAAGGGCAAAAGCCAAUCUCAUGAUCUCCAAUGUCUACAAGAAGAAGUGCACCCUCCAACCAUGUUUCAGAUUAACUUCAGUGGAUACUACUCGCCACAUUCCACCUUAUCCGGUGACCCCCUUCAUUACGUUAGAAUGGCAAACAUGAAGAGGAAACAUGGCUGCUCCUCUGAGCCGAAUGAACAAAUCGUUACCCACUUCCCUGUGAUGCACAAGCUUGGCUACCCAGUGUCAGGUUGUGGGUUUUUCCACCCUUCCUACAAAGUACCUUUUACCACGGCCUCACUUGGCUUUGGCCUUUAUCGAGGAUACCCUUCCACAAUGCCACUCUAUCCAUCCUCUUUUCCAUCGUCUUAUGUGCACCACUACUCUAAAAACCCCAUUAUAAGCCCGUCCAAGUUUCACAAGAAGAAGACAAAGGUUCCAAAGCAAGAUUCUGGUGGACUUUGGGGUGGAAAGUCGAUUGGGGCAUAUCCCGGGAUGACUCCAGACUUCUCCUGUGACUGUUUCACCAGGCAGAGUUGUCAACGAGAAAAGCCAAAAGACAAGAUCAGGGAAGAAAGGGAUGAACAAAGCAGAACCAGAGGAAGAGAGAAGGAUAUUGAGUGGCUCCUUAGGCAGAAUAAACUCUCUAAAGAUAACGAACGUUCAAGGACGGAUUGUCCUUCAAAACCCGCUUUGCCAUUCUCAGUAUUCUCAAAUGUGCGAAGCAAAGAUAAGACAUUUCCGUCGAACCUGAGACCGACAAGAGAGGUACGAUGGUCAGAGCAUCAGCCGCCUUGGCCACGUAUGAGGGAUUUCGAAUCGAGGCUUGGCAGCAGAAACCGAAACCAAGAAUUCACUUCACAUGAGCAAGAGGACACUCUGGAAGAGCCGGAAAGUGAGGGGGAACUGGCAACGCCUCAGCAACCCAGCAGGAGGACGCAGUCUUUUCUGAAACAGCCUAUACUAUUUAGCAAUACACAAAGACAAAGAAGAGUCAGGAAAAGGAAUGGAGUGACCAGUGCCUCGAUGUUGUUCAGGGAACAGGACGCUACGUCACUGGAGGAUUUCUCCUCUUUAGCAGAGCAGAGAGCUGGUUACGUUCAGACUGACACUCCUCAGCUCAGUAACUCCCCCACUGCCAAAGAACCAGAGAACACAGAGAGGGAACUGAGGGGACAUAAGGCCAUCAGGAGGCCUCUUCUUCAGGACGACGGUGACCGAGCGCCUGUUCAGAGCUUGGCCCAUUUUAUGCAAGAACAUCCCCAGCCUCACUUUAAACAGCCCAGAAACACUGCAAGGGCUAAGCUUACCCAGCGUAUCAGAUCAUCCACAGCGAGGAACCCCGGAGGAUUAAAGCUCUCAGCUGGAAACGAGGUGAAGAAAAGAGGACGGGGACGGCCGAGGAAGAACCCUCCAACCUCGCCGUGCAGACCGGAUUCGUCUCCUCCACCAUUAAUUCCUGCACCUCCCCGUCCUCCGCCACCUCUCGAACAGGUGGAGAAGGCAGGAACAGCUGGGGGUGCUAAGAGUCGGGGUGACUCCAUGCUGGAGGUGAUCGAGGCUGUGAUUCACAGAGAGCAGAGAAAAAGAGUAAAGAAAAAGAGAAGAAGCGCUGAAGAUGAGGGAGACGAAGGUCAGAAAGGGAGGGAGGGAGAAGACGGUACUGAAACCCCCAACCACCACUCGCCCCCCCCACUCACCGCUCCAUCACCUGACCACACUGCACCUGAUGAUAUAGAGGCAGACAGCCAAUCAGACGAGACCUCUGCUUCACUGCCCAUUAAGAAGUAUUUAUGGGCGGGUCUUUAUUCAGAUGUUUACAAGACUGAAGAUGUUGUGGAGCUGGAGCCACUGAGUACAGAGUGUUUAGAGUAUGAUCCAGAGGAGCACGAGCACGGCCUCCUCCCUGCACCUUUACACGUGGGAAAGUACCUGAGGUUGAAGCGGAUUGACUUUCAGUUGCCCUACGACAUCCACUGGCUCUGUGCUCACAGCAAGAAUUUUGAAACAACUGGCAACCUCCCACCAGCACUAACAUGCAACGAUUCCUGUAGAGCCGCUAAAGAUAGCACACCUCAGCACUGCACUGAAGACAGCCCACACAUCAGGCUCCCUGACAGCAGUAAGCAGGCAGAUGUGCUGCAGCUGCAGGAGGAGGACGAGCCAUGUCUCCAGCCUCUCCAGCAGCAGGAAGAAAUCCGGGACAGUGAGGAUUUCCCCUCGCCGUUAUCCAGUGAGGAAAGGACUUUUGUGAUGAGCCACGGCGUCUUCCUGGUGCGGAACUAUGAGAAGAUGAGGGCGAGACAGGCCCUGCUGCUGCUAAGAGAGGGAGUGGGCGAGCGAGAGGAGGAGGAUGAAGGGACUGGAGAAGAAACCUCCUACAGGUGCCUGAGUGAUCAGAGGUCGAGUCCUGAGGAAGAGAAGCAGACUGGAGGGAGGAGUCGAACUCUUAAACACACUCUGCAGGAGAUCUGGAACAGAAUCAUCAGCUGCAAGGGAUCAUCUGGACAAACACUUACGGCUCCUCUCCUGAACCUGUGCUCCAGAAAGAGGUCAGACUCAGCACUCCUGGAUCUGACAGUGGUCAAGAAGCAGCUCCACUCAGGGCACUAUGAUAGUCUGGAGGCGUUUCACACAGACAUGCUCAGAGUGUUCCAGUGCGCUGAGAAAUACUACGGCUGUGACUCCUCGGUGGGCCGGGACGUGAGCCAGCUGAGGGUCUUAUACAACCAGGUUCACCAGGAAGUCUCCGUCCACACCAGCCACACCCAGUAAGGGAUACGAAGCCCCACCCACACACCCACAGCCCAGGGCUGGUCCUGGCGGUGACCGUGGUAACAGUCCCACAGGCAUGAUGGGCUGUCAGAGGAGGCAGACCUCGCCCGCCCAGACCAAAGACCUAACCCAACCACGGGCAUUGCACAGAGCCCCCUGCUGGAUGGAAUGCUUGCUGGGGAAACAGAUAUCCGGAGUGAACACAUUGUCUGAAGCUGACCCAUCUGUACUUCUUUAAGAGGAGUGGACGGACAGAAGAUCAAAGAGAAGAGAAAACGAGUGUCAGACUUUCAUUCCAUUUCUAUCCGACUCUAAUAUGCACUUCUUUUUUCCAUAUUCAGAUUGUAUUAAUAAUAAUUCAGCAUGGAGUACAUUACAAUAUAUGAGCUGUUGUUUAGUGAGUCUAACUUCGAUCAAGGACGUGAUAAACAUAGUAGACAUACUUUUUUCAUAUUUAUAGAAUGUACAUAAUGGGUUGUUAUUUUUAAUUUCGUCUUAUAUGAUAUUAUAAUGCAUCAUUUCUAAGUUGUCUUGCCAGUUCACUGCACAUUUGUGCCAAUGAAUUUAUAUCAUGUGAGAUGUGCCUAGUAUAUCAAAGCAAUAAGCUGCUGUUUUUAUGGUCUCUAUGCUGCUUUUUAUAUCUGUGUGAAUGUUCCUCUUUAUAAAAGUUGUCGUUUAUGGAGAUUAUUUUGGAGAUUUGCCUAAUUAGCUCAAGCGCUUGAUAACCUAUUUAGAGAUGCUGCUUAGAAACGAUUGGAACCCCAGGAGAACUUUAUUAAAUUCUAUAAAUCUCAUCUCUCAGCACACAAACUACGCUUCCAGCUCAUUCUAAAGGACCGGACUGAGACCCUUUUUAAUUGAAUGUUUUAAUAUUUAUGUUAUUAAGUCUCUCAAUAAACGCUGUGUUUA